UUGGAUGACAAGCCGCACACACACACACACACACACACACACACAUUACCAGAGGAGCCCAAGUUCGACUCCAGCCGAAGGAGUCCAGGCUUGUUUACCUUGUACCCGGCACUGAGGGACACUGCUGCGCGGGCACAGCGGCCACAGGAGCGGCUGUCUGUCUGACUGUCUGUCUGACUGUCUGUCACAACCAUGUCAGCUGCAACAGCUUCAGUAGCAGAUGUGUCCAGGACUGACAGAGAUGACGCCCGUCACCGGAAUAACUCCGGCCGGUCCCCGUCUCAGUGUGCACCGAUCCCGCUGCCAGCCCUGGGCACACAGAAGAUCGUCCAGGGCAAUGGCACCACCGUGGGCACGGUCAUCUCGCUGCAGUGUCCGGCCAAACACAAACUGAUAGGGAAGCAGCUGACGUGUGUCCUGGACAAAAACAGCACCCACUGGGAGGGGAAGACGUUCUGUCAGCCUCUGACUCCCUACGAGGACUACGGUUUCCGUGUGGCCGUGGUGGCGUCCAUCAUCAGCUCGGCCAUCAUCCUCCUCAUGUCCAUGGCCUUCAUCACCUGCUGCUGGGUGGACUGCAUCAAAAAGGAAGCGAAGAAAAAGCAGGAGAGCAGGGCAUCAAACAUGUGCCAGUUUGAGGAGCAGGUCCAACACCGCGACAACAACUGGUCUCACUUCAGCCACAAAGGCAGGAACAACAACAACAACACCCAGGAGAAGAUGCUGUCACUGUGGGACACUCACAACCUGCCUGCGUGUGACAACAGGCACACCUGCAGAUGCCAUCAGGAGUUCUCUCACAGACUUGUCCACACAUACAGCCCCUCCUUGCCUCACCUUGCUCCUCUCCCCGGUCACGACUACGAGCAGCCUCUCAUGGCACAGAAUCCACCUCCACCUCAGUACCCCGGACCUAACUUGUCCCCCUAUCAAACCACGAGCCCGAGCCUGGUCCAGAUCUCAGCGACGGGGCCCGGGCUGGUGUGGCAGUAUGAAAGGCCGCAUAUCGGUCCGUCGACUGCGGAGGACUUCAACACGAGGAGUUCAAACCACGCCAAAGAAUUUUCCAUAAGGAUUAUAUCAGUGUGAGAACGAGCCAAGAACUCAUUUAACGUACAUCACUGUUCACUUAAUCAACGAGGAUGAAGGGGGAAGUUACUCACCUCAUUUUUAUUGUCUGCACUCAAACUCAUAGAUGCCUUUUGCAAACUGUGAUUGCACACUGCCCUCUGCCUGUAAAGAGAGGACAUUACACCUUCAGGACUCCAGCCUUGUCGGGUGGACAGAGACACAGGGAGAGCUGGACGAGCAGCUGGGCUGUUGUGAUUGUAAAUAUAACGUUGGAAGAAUUUAACAGUGUUAAAGUAAAAGUUUACUGGCUUGAAUGUAAAGUGACGUGUUAACAUGACACAGCAGCACUGCGGUGACUGAAGUGCAGGCGCAUGACAAAGUGAAGGAAAGUGUGAAUAAAUGAGUGGAGACAUGCAACAUACUGUCUGCCUGCAGGUGCUUCUACAUGGUGCUGAAUGUCGCGAGAUGAGUUUUUGAUUUUCGGCUGAAAUGUUUGGCAGCCGUCGACACCACUGUCAUGAGUGAAUGUAUAUUAAAAGAAAGAGUGUUCAUCA